UUACAGCUUAAACUUUUACCUUCGCAGUAUUUAGAGAAGCAUGAAGAUAUCAUUAUGAAGGCAGCAGAAAUAUAUGAAUUCACAAAUAUAAAAACUUUUACAAAUAUUUACGAAAUGCAACUAAAGCGAAUUACUGAUGACAUCCAAGUUGAUCAUGUUGUCAAUGCAUUAAUUCCUGCAGUGCGUGAUAAACAUGUUAAAAUUUUCAAGAAAUAUGAAAAUAAGGAAUGGGUGAAAAUCAAAUAUUCUGAAGCAUUCUCUUUAUGGAAGGGUGUUAUAGAUGUAAAGACUGAACUAGAAUUAAUUAGUAGUAAAGUAGUUGUUUUGAAUAAUAGUGAUAUAAAUAAUUUAGAAGAUUCUCUAAAACACCUUACCCCUAUACCAAAGUGGAACGAACGACUUCAAAACUUAUCGAGAUUUUUAAAGUGCCACUUAAAACUGAGGAUUGGUUAG